GUGGAUACUCCAUUAACCGGUUGCAGAACAUGGGCUGACAAUGAGACAUGCGGUGUUAACAGAACUGGCAAUGGCGAGGAAUCGAAGAGAAGGCAUUAUAAAUGGUUAAAGAACGAGGCUGCUGUUGAAAUUAAUGUCAAGUCAUUUUAUAAGGACGUAGCUUGUUUAUUAAAAAAUAUGAAUCGAGUCGUGGAAGAUUGA